AUGGCUAAACCUCAAGAGAAAAAAGCUUUCAUGAAUAGUUCUUCAUCACCCAUAAAUGAGCAUGAGCAAGAAGGCAACGACGACUACGAGGAGACUUUCUCCGCUAGAGGGUGUUCUUGUUUUAGGCUCUUUUGCUUCGAAAGGCUACAAAGCAAUGGAUGGGAAAGUAAUCGUCUGUUGCAACAACAUAACGGAGAGCACAAGGAGACAUGGUUGGCGAACAUGCUGAGACCUGUAAAGGAGUCUUCGGAGAUGCUGGCUGGCCCUAAGUGGAAGAAUUUUAUCCGAAGGGUCGGUAAGUAUUUUGGAAAGAGGAAGACUCAAUUUCGUUAUGAUUCCCAUAGCUAUGCUCUCAACUUUGAUGAUGGCAUUGUUGAGGAUGAAACUGUUUUUUUGGGUGAAGAGCGAAGGACUGGGUUGUGA